UGAUAACAGUUUUGAUAAGCCGUAAGUCAUGCAUAAACAAUAAACAUUACAGAUAAGGUUGUGCUGCCGAACCGCCGAGUCGACGCUUUAGUAGGUCCAAGUUAAAUAUUUAACUCAUCAAAAUGAACGCACCUCCAACAUUCGAGUCGUUUUUAUUGUACGACGGUGAAAAAAAAAUUAUCAAAGAAGUAGAUACAAAAGUCACGAAUGCAGCAAUAUUUACAGUUAACAAAGAAGAUCAUACAUUAGGAAAUAUGAUUAGGAAUCAAUUACUUAAAGACCCUAAUGUUCUUUUUGCUGGGUACAAACAGCCACAUCCUUUGGAGCACAAAUUUGAACUUCGUAUACAAACGACUUCUGAUUAUACGCCACAAGAUGCUUUAACCAAUUCCAUAACCGAUCUCUUGGCUGAACUCUCUUUGUUCGAAGAGCGUUUCAAGGAAGCUUUAAGAGAGAAGAAAGAAGGUCUUGAUUAAUAAGAUUAUAAAUUCCAUUAUUCUGUGUUAAUGAAAUAAUAAUAAAUAUUUAAUGAGUAAGUAAGUUUAAGAUAGUAUUACAAUUUGGAUACAUCUGUAAUUAUAUCAUUUCUUCUGUAUGAAUUAAUUAAUAUAAUAUUAUUUCUUA